AUGAAGUCAAGUUUCAAGAAGAAACAAAUAGUCUGGGCUCGAACAAAAGGACGUAAAUAUUUUAAUUAAUAUAUUUAGAUCCAUGGUGGCCUGGAAUUGUAAUAUUUAUUUAUCUUAUUAAGAUUACCCAAGUAGUCGAUGGAAAUUAGUAUGCCAUUAAUUUCAUUGGUGAUGAUUCACAGUAAGGGUACAUUCACAAUAUAUAUAGCUCCAUAUUGAUGAGUGAUAAUCUUUAUGAUUUUUAAGAGAAAUUCGAAGAAUUCAACGAAAAAGUAAAAAAGAAUAAAAAAUUGAAAGAAGCAAUUUAAACCGCUUAAAAACUCUAAAGUAUGGCUCUUUUCAUCACUAGAAAAAAAAAUAAAGCACAUCGAAUAAGAGGAGAAAAAGAAAGGCACCAUAAGUAAACGAAAUUUGCGACAAUAAAUCAAAAAACCUGAGACUCCUAAUAAAGAUGUAUGUAUAAUAGUAAUAAGAAUACCUAAAAAUCUCCAUUGCAAGAAACUCCUUAGAUGCAAUAGAAGAAACAAUAUUUAGACCGAGAAUUUUAAGAUUUAUUAUUACUAUUAAUAGCAGCCCAAUUGAAUUACGAUUAAAUUAAAUAGAAAUUGACACCAAUCCUCGAUACUAUCGAAGCACAGGUCGUUCAAAAUAGUACUAUCACAGAAGUCUUAUCGGAAAGGAAAGGUUCCAUCCUUAACGCUGUCUAUUUAAUAUUGAAACAUCAAAGCGAAUAAAACCCAGAUCACUUUUUUUAAAGGGAUAUUCAUUAAUAAAUAACAAGAUUGCAUGAUUUAAUUAGCAAAUUAAAAAACUCUCUAUUGAAUCAAUUUUUCAAUGCUGCCACUAUUAUUCAAAACCUAUCAGAAGUUUGCACUAAUCAGAGUCGAGGUACUUAAUCAAUCUCAUGUAUAGAAAAGAAACCACCAGUUUAAUAAACACCACAAUAAAAACCACCCAUUGAAUAAACCAAAAGAUAAAGAAAGAUUGACAAAACUGAACAAAAAGCAUAGGCUGUUGAAUGCAACACUUAAAUUCCUGAAAAUGUCUCUGUUUAAAAUAGUAAUAACAAUAAUAUUAUUAACAAUCCACCUAAUCAACAGAAAAAAGAAUAAAUCUCAAAUGAAGAAGCAAAAAUAGAGGAAAAGAAGAUUGUUAAUGAAUAGCCUAAAAUAGUUAAGUAGGAUGUUGUAAAUUAGAAGAAAACCUAAAAGAAAAAUGAAAUACCAGAUUAACCACUAAGAAGAAAAGUUUGUCUGAAUAUGUUAGAAUUAGUUUAAUUGUUAGGGAUGGAAGAGGAAUAAGCAAAGAAAAUUACAAUAAAAAUUGAGAGUUUGGGGAGGGAAGCAGAUCCAUAAAUGAGAAAUAAGUAUGCUAAAUUGAUGUGGCAUUGCAUAGUUAAUUUAGAUGUAAAUGAAUUUUGAUUUUAGUGUAAAUUAUUAAAAAGGGAAGAAUUGUUGACUUUGAUAGAUGAAAAUGCUGAUUAAAGUGAAGCUUGGUCUAAAUUAACAUUGUAACCAAUAGACAGGACAAGGAAAUUGAUUCAUAUAUGA